AUGGCGGCGACUUUGCCAUACGAAGCGCCAAAGCUCACGGUCGAUUACAGCAGUAUUGGAGGUCCGAAGCAUGAGGAAAUAGCAGCGGAAGACUUUGUCGCCGUUAUUAGCGGCCCGGAGAUGUUUGGCGAUGCCUCACUAGGUACACAGCACCUGAUUGGCGCCUCCAAGUGGGAGAGGAUCAAUGCGGAAAAGGUUGUUGGCCACCACCAGAUGCGCUCCAGCUCGGUACGCCUGACUGGCGCUGACAGCGGGGAAGGAAAGGUUGAGGCGGAUCGGAGGGCUGUUGUCAUGCAGUCUUACGUCAAAGCCGACGGAAAGUGGAAGUUGGCUGGGCUGAAGCCGAUGGGUCGAUAA